UGCUUGUGAGUGAGUGUGAGACAACGUCAACAUGAGGGAUAAGUAGUGGUGUCACCAAAAAGCAAGCUUCAAAUCUUCAAUGGUGGUGCAAAAGAUUCAAAACACUAACAUAAACAUCUGCUGACAUGGUUCAUUAUCAUAGUGCCACGUGUAAACAACUUCAAUGACAAGAAAUAUACCUUCUCAAACAUCCUCAAAAUUUGAUCACAGAAAAAAACACAUGAAAUUGUCCCAUUCAUAAAUUAAACACACUUUACAAAACCCUAUCCUUUUUCUUAUUUCCUUCAACACCCACCAACCCUUAUUCUCAGAUUCUCAAACACACCCGCUUUUUCAACUAUUUAAGAUUUCAGAUCGGUGCUUGAUUUCAAUUCAAUUGACCUAAUUUCAACUUUUAAUUUUUUGUUUGCUCUCAAAAAAUUCUUUUUUUUUUUUUUUUUUUUGUGUUGGGAAAUUGCAGGUCUUUAUUUGAUCCUUGAAUUGAAUUUUCAAGGUGAUUUUGUGGGGGGUGUGAUCAGCAAUCUUCUGAUGUUUGAUUUCCAAUCAUCAUCUACACCUCCUUUUUUUUAUUCAAUUUCCCAUAUUUUUUCCCCUUCUGAUGUGUUCUUCAUAUGCUGCUUCAAUUGUUUGAGAUUUCGUCUCAAAAUUUGAUUUUUUUUUUAUCUGUAACACACAACUGUGAGGUCCCGGGUUCAAACCUGAGGUGUCCCGCCUAGCAAUAUCGGCGUUGUCAGUUGAGCUAGGCGGACCAAAAUUUGAUACUUUGUCCCAAAGGGUUGUUUCUGGUUGUGUGAAAAAUCUAUCCACACCUUCUUUCAAUCACAUUUUGUUAUCUUUGGUGAGAGAAAAAAAUUUCAGCUUCAAAUUUCAAGUAUGGGAGAUCAUUAUAGAGCUGUUUCUUUUGAGGAGUUACCUUCACAUUUGAUAUUGGAAAUUCUGUGCUCAGGGAAGCUCAGUGCAAUGGACCUUGUUUCUUUGGAAUUUACUUCAAAAACUUUUGGUGCUAGAAAUGGCAUAUACCCUUUAAAGUUUAAGUCAUUGGUAGACUUUGCUGCAUUUCAGUUGUGUGAUUCUCAUGCCAUCUUUUCCCAGAUGGUUUUGAAUUCUCAGAAUGAGUUGUAUGACCGAUGUGGCGGAAAUUGGAAGCGAGUUUUGAGGUUCUUGCAGUCUUUGGAACAAUCAUCUGAUAUGGUUGAGACAUCAUUAGGAAAUAUGCAAAUUACAACAGGAAAGUAUCACACCUUGGCAAUCAGAAACUCCUCGGUCUAUUCUUGUGGUUCUAGUUUGUGUGGUGUACUUGGUCAAGGGUCUGAAACAACACAGCGUACAGCGUUUACCCGAAUUAAUUUCCCACCUUUGGCGCGUGUGGCACAUGUUUCGGCCUCAUAUAACCAUGCAGCUUUCGUUAUGGAAUCUGGAGAGGUAUUCACAUGUGGAGAUAAUUCAUCUUUUUGUUGUGGUCAUAAAGAUACAAAUCGACCAAUUUUCAGGCCACGUCUUGUUGAAUCCUUAAAGGGGAUUCCUUGCAAGCAGGUUUCAGCAGGGCUAAACUUCACAGUCUUCCUCACCAGACAAGGUCAUGUUUAUACAUGCGGAAGCAACUCGCAUGGCCAACUUGGCCACAGUGACACUCAGGACAGACCAAGCCCCAAAAAGAUUGAAGUCCUUGGUAGUAUAGGCCGUAUUGUUCAAGUUGCUGCUGGACCAAACUAUAUCUUAUCUGUAACAGAAGGUGGAUCAGUAUACUCCUUUGGAUCAGGUUCUAAUUUCUGUCUUGGCCAUGGUGAACAACAUGACGAGUUACUGCCACGCUGCAUACAGAAAUUUAGAAGAAAUGGUAUUCAUGUUGUCCAUGUAUCUGCUGGGGAUGAGCAUGCAGCGGCGCUUGAUUCAAAUGGAUUUGUAUAUACAUGGGGCAAGGGAUAUUGUGGCGCUUUAGGCCAUGGAGAUGAGAUUGAAAAGACAAGACCAGAGUUGUUGUCUAGUCUCAAGAAUCACUUAGCCGUUCAGGUGUGUGCAAAAAAGAGAAAAACCUUUGUGCUAGUUGAUUCAGGUUUGGUCUAUGGCUUUGGCUCCAUGGCAUUUGGAAGCCUAGGAUUUCCAGAUGCCAGAAGACUAACUAAUAAAAUCUUGAAGCCUAGAAUCGUAUACACAUUAAGAACUCACCAUGUUUCUCAAAUUAGCACUGGCUUGUACCACACUGUGGUAGUCACUAACCGUGGAAAAAUACUCGGCUUUGGAGACAAUGAAAGAGCUCAACUUGGUCAUGAUACAUUGAGACAUUGCCUUGAGCCUACUGAAAUCUUCAUAGAAAAUUCAUCAUCUGAAGAUGUUGAUCUUAUGUUAUAAAGCUGCAUCUGACACAUCAAAGAAGUCACAUUUUUUUUAGUAUGAUUAUAUUUUUACUUGUACAAUAUCUGAUUUCUGAUAUAUGUCACAAUAUACUUUUAUAGUUCUAUACAAAUAGUGAUAGUAACCUGCAAGAUUGUGAGGAACCAUUUUUCAAUAAGUUAAGAGUUUGUUUUAUUUUGCUUAGUAAAGUUUGGUACCAUUUUGUCAUUAAUAUCUAUGUAUUAAGACAUUUUUCACUU